AGCUGUAUCACGUCACAGUGACUGUGUGUCUCAUCACCCUGCUGGCCUGGCUCUAGUUUUGUGAAGCCUGGUGCAGACGGCUUAGAUGUUCUGACCACCGUCAGUGGAGGUGGCGUUUCUUGGCAGCAGUGCCCGGGGUGCAGACACGUCUGGUGGAGAGCGCCAGAGGGACACGGGGAAUGCCGGCUCACAUGUCAGACGCCAGUGCGUUUGAGCCGCAUGGCCUGCUCCUGAGCUGCCCACACUCACCUGAAGACUGAGUGAGCGUCAAGCUCCUCCUCUCCAUCAGCAGGUCUUCUGCUGUGUGCGAUGUCAUUAUGUGCAGUAGUUUCCCAUGUGACUUUCUGUCCUCGUGUUCUCAUCCGGUGCCCCUGACAGACGCGUUACGAUGAUGGUGCUGCGCUCCGUCGCCUUCCUUACUUAUUGUUUUUGUCACAAUCCUCCCAUGAUGGCGACGCCAUCGUUGUUCUCACACUCCAAUGACAGCCAGGUCAUGUGAUCAUUUUGUGCCACGGUUCCUCAUAUGAACUUUUGCCCGUGUUGAGUUGAGUGUGGAUGGUGACUAGAGCUGUGUCUUUUGCGUAUCCCCAUACUGGAGUGGUGAUACAAUACCUUGUGUUGUAUUGCCAUAAAAGCCAUUAUUUUAAGGUGGAAACGUGAUAAUUCAGUACAAUAUCAUGUGGAUGAAAAUUGUGAUGAAGUCGAGUAAAAUCUUGCAGUUCUGCAUGUGAGAAAUGCAGCAGCAUUUAUGUAUUAUGUAUCAAGUAUUUAUGUAUUAAAUAUCAAUAUAGCCAACCUAAAAUAUCAGGACAAUAUUACACAGUCAAGUGUGGCGCUUAGGGAUGCUCCGAUCAAUCGGUCCCAGGUCAUAGUCAGCCGAUUUCAGCAUGAUGGCUGAAUGCCGAUCACGACCUGUCACUGCCGCUCACAACAGCUGGUUAGGUGUGACAGCCGGCGCUCUGACGUGUCUCUCCCUCCUCGCUGCUCACUCAGCAGCAGCAUGUCUGCUGUGGAGGUUCUUUCAAUCUGUCAUGUAAAGUUUGCAUCCUGCAGCACAAAUGGAAGUGUGCAGGGAAGUGCCUUCAAGUUAAACACGCCAUUUAAAGCGCCAGCACUUGACGAAGCACGGAGAGUUUUAUGGGCUCAUGAAAGUGAGACCGCUGGUUCCUCCGCGGCAGGCUCUUGGCGCAGCAGGCUCUUAGCUCAGCUGACGCUUGGCAGCACCCGCCGGUCCGAGCGUGACAUUCGGAGCGCUAAGCUAAUUGCACAAGAAAUAAUCCCUCAUCUCACCGAGCUGGAUGAUCAGCCUUUCUCAGGUGUCGUUUACGCAGAGACGGAAAAGGCCGCAUCCGUCGCCAUUUUGGAGUCGGGUGUAGUGUUUGUCAGCCACCUGAAUCUGAAACUUAAAAAAACUAAAACAGGAGCAGCGAGUGAGAGUCAGCUGAGCGAUGGCCAGGAGAGAUAAAAAAAGCUGAGAUCUCUCAGAAGCACCCUGGGACAUGCAGCAGUGGACAUGUGUAUGACCUGGAUGGGAGGCUUUGAUGGAUGUGGCUGUGAGGAACGCGCAUGUUCACGUGCAGAAGUAUAACUAGCGUGAGCUGGACGACGGGGCAAAGAUUUGGGGGAGAACUUGCUGGCCCAGUGGGGGUUCCUUCUAGAGUUCAGAGUCUCUGGCCAGGGAAGGAAACAGUCACUCCAGACCAAGUCAGAACACUCGUCUCUCGCUGAGUAACUGGAGUCAAUGUUAUCCAGACAUCACAUAUCUGAGAUUAUUAUUUGCUUUUAAAAUGCUCUUGGUGGUGCCAAACCUUUUUUGCUCUGGCUUGAAGUUGUGUUUUUCUCAGCCGCGUCUGCCCGGUUUCUCUUCUUUGUUUCGACCCUCUGUUUUUCUCGUCCCUUUUGAGACUGAAGCCGUUCUUCUGCAUCCUCUCACCAGAGUUGUGGGUGAGCGUCUUUGGCUCGUAGCGUACGUCUUGGUAUUGUGUCUCUCCCGCAGCAGUGUGGGAGCAGAACUGCCGUUGUGUGUGUGUGUGUGAGCGCAGCAUUCGGUGGCGAUGUUUUGGCUGAGGCUUGUGCACCAGGGAAUCACUGUUAUUUUCCAGGAAGUGAGUGAAACUGGCAGCAGAACAGGAAGGAGACAAAGGCUGUGAGAAGAAACUUUGAAACGUCCAGCUAACAGCGACGUCGACAAGGACGUCCGGGCAGAAACGCUUUACUGUCACUGGUGUCAGUGCGCUUCCUCUUUAUGACCCGACAGCUGGACCCAAAACUUCUCACAGUCCUCUGACAUUUCUGAGGGGUGCGUGUGACCUUGUUUACUCUACUUUGUGGGGACCUUUUACCCUCGAGGGACCGGGACCUUUUACUGGUCUCCACAGGUCCAAACCUCAAUUUCAAAAUAACUGUUGCAUUAUGAUUGAGUUUAAGUUUGGUUGGUUGAGUCCUGGUUCAGUUCAGUUUAGUUUUGGGUGGUUAGCUUUAGGGUGAAAGCAUUGUGUCAGUGAGAAACCGCACAAUGGGAUAUCGGUACAAACGUGUGUGCAUGCGUGCACGUGCAUGUGUGCGACGAGCAACUUGCCAGCAGCACAGAUUGACAGGAAGUGGUGUGUUUUUUUUUUGUCAGCCGGGUUGUACCACUGGUCCUGGUGUGACAGGGGACGACUGUGUGAGUCAACACUGGCGCCGGUGUCUGUCCUGGCUACCGGUUUCUGAACGCAUGGAGUGAACUCGUGCCUGUACACGGGUGUGAUCUCGAGUGGCAACAUGUUCCCAGCGGUUCAUGCUGGUGAAAGGCCAACUCCUGGAGUCGGAGGACGUGUGCGGAAUGAUAGCUGAAGACCUUCUCCUGGUUCAGGCAUGUGUGCCUUCCCUUCUGCUCUGAGACUGUACCAACCUGAGGAGCCAUCUCUCUUCUGGAAACCUGGCGAGCUGCAGUGCAGGGCUGUUGGCCUUCAAACCCUGAGGAGGGGCUCGUGAGUGUGGCGGAGCAGUGGCUCCCGUGUGCAGAUGCUGCAGGACAGAUCUGAAUAUGGUUACGAUUAAAGCCAGGAAUUCAUGAAAGCCAGAGAGGGGGGGUGGGGGAGGUGUGAGUGGAGACGGAGAAAUGUUUCUGCUCGUGCCUUAACUGUAGGAAGAGCAGCCCAGAGACCACUGGAGAUCAAGUUUGAUGCAUCAAUAGGACCGGCUGCUCUGGUCAGACUCCUCCCCUUCUGCCCCACUACCCCCUCCCCACCUCUCCUCCCCCGAUCUGAACGUCACACCGAGGCAGUUGGUUCACUCCAGCGUAGCUCAGCGAGAGAGGCUGUUCCAGCAGACGGCAGGAGGGGGGUUUCGGAGGGCUGCUCACGCUUGGAUCAGGCCGGCAGGAAGAAAUCUGCAUUCCAGCUGAGCAGGAGAGGAGGUGGGCGAGUGACAGCCUGAGCUCGGGGUGGAGGGAGAGGACAGAGCAGCCGAGCUUCAGACGUCGACGCAGGAAGGCUGACAACUGCUGCAGAGUCACGCUGAGGAAGGGGGGGGGGCACCAUGUUUGACUGCAUGGAGGCGCUGGGUAUGGGCCCCCGCCAGCUCUAUGAUGUCAGCAGCCGGGGCGCAUGCAUGCUGCGGAAGGCAAGCCCCUUCUUUGCAGGCCUGGACUCCUUCGCCUGGACGGGCAGCGGCAGCCUUCAGUCGGUGGAGACCCAAAGCACCAGCUCGGAGGAGAUGGUCCCCAGCUCACCGUCCCCCCCGCCCCCUCCCCGGGUCUACAAGCCCUGCUUCGUGUGCCAGGACAAGUCCUCAGGGUACCACUACGGGGUCAGCUCCUGCGAGGGCUGCAAGGGUUUCUUCCGCCGCAGCAUCCAGAAGAACAUGGUCUACACCUGUCACCGCGACAAGAACUGCCAGAUCAACAAAGUCACGCGCAACCGCUGCCAGUACUGCCGACUGCAGAAGUGCUUUGAGGUGGGGAUGUCCAAGGAAGCUGUGAGGAACGAUCGCAACAAGAAGAAGAAGGACGUGAAGGAGGAGGCCGUCCUGCCGGAGAGCUACGAGCUGAGCGGCGAGCUGGAGGAGCUGGUCAGCAAAGUCAGCAGAGCUCACCAGGAGACCUUCCCCUCACUGUGCCAGCUGGGCAAGUACACCACUAACUCCAGCUCCGACCACCGGGUCCAGCUGGACCUGGGUCUGUGGGACAAGUUCAGCGAGCUCUCCACCAAGUGCAUCAUCAAGAUCGUGGAGUUUGCCAAGCGGCUGCCGGGAUUCACCACGCUGAGCAUGGCCGACCAGAUCACCCUGCUCAAGUCUGCCUGCCUGGACAUCCUGAUGCUGAGGAUCUGCACGCGCUACACGCCGGAGCAAGACACCAUGACCUUUUCGGAUGGUUUGACCUUGAACCGCACGCAGAUGCACAAUGCUGGCUUUGGGCCGUUGACGGACCUCGUGUUCGCUUUUGCCGGCCAGCUGCUCCCGCUGGACAUGGACGACACUGAGACGGGUCUGCUGAGCGCCAUCUGUCUCAUCUGUGGAGACCGCAUGGACCUGGAGGAACCUCAGAAGGUGGAUAAGCUGCAGGAGCCUCUCCUGGAGGCUCUGAAGAUCUACGCUCGCCGCCGGCGCCCCGACAAGCCUCACAUGUUCCCCCGCAUGCUGAUGAAGAUCACCGACCUCCGAGGGAUCAGCACCAAAGGAGCGGAACGAGCCAUCACGCUGAAGAUGGAGAUCCCCGGUCCGAUGCCACCGCUCAUCAGGGAGAUGCUGGAGAACCCGGAAGCCUUCGAGGAGCAGACGGAGCGCAGUGACACCCCGCCACCCGCCCCUCUCCCCAUCAAGCAGGAGGUCAAGGACGAGGAGGAGAGCUGGGCGGUGGAGAACGGGGGCGAGCCAUCGCUGGAAGAAGAGGAGGAGGAGGACGAGGAAGACGAGGAGGAAGGCGGCGAGGAGAGCGAAGGGGAGUCCUGGGGCCACCUGGGGUGUCCGAAGACGACCCACUGAUCUGGACCUUCUCAGCGGAGCCGUAGCCUUACAGACUCGGUGGUCCAGGAUCCAGCAGGGGGCGCUGAGAGAAGCACACAAGUCCAGACGUCCAGGUGCGGCAGGGUGUCCUGGUCCGUCUCCAGCAGCAGGCGGGAGAGAGACGGCGCCUCACCCCUCCUCCUCCUCCCAGCCAUCGCCUCUCUCCUCUCCACAUCUGACUUGACCCCAGAAGACUUGUCUUCCUUGUACUUGGAGCCUCUUCGGGCCCGUGGAUCGAUAAUCAGUCUGUAGCUCUGGAGCAGCGGCUGGUCAGGUUCUUUCUAUUCUAGUGUGGCCAGCAGAGGGCGCCCAAACCGUGCCAAAGUUCUAAUUUGGUGACACCCCCCCCCCUCCUCGUCCUGUGCUCGGGCAGACUGGGACCACACGUGUAGCACUUUCAGGGUUUUCUCAGUUGAUUGAUCAGUGAGGACUUUACAUAUCAGGAGCCUUCCACUGGUGAGUGUUUGCUCCUCAGUCGCACUGGCCUGCUCCCUCCUGUUGGAGGCAUCGUGGGGACCGAACCGGAGUCAGGUCUCCACCUCCUGACCGACGGAGACAAGCAGAUUCAGACUCAGGGCUUUUUUCAGUGAGGGGACCAAACCGGAGCUGCUCGCUGCAAGAGAGGAUUUCACUUCAAUCCCAUUUCAGAUGUGACUGAACAGCAGCAGGGAAGCGAGCGGGACCCGAACCUUCAUCUUCAUCUUCAUGACCUUGGUUAAGUCCAUGUUGCCAAAAUGUUUCUGGAUCAAGAGCUGGAAUGAAAACAUGUACAAGCAAUAGGAUCUGUGUGUGUGUGUGUGAAGCAGGUUUAUCCUGACUCGUGGGGACCAAUUCUUGACAGAACACUUGUGAAGACCUUAUGCCUUUGUGGGGACCACAAAUCCAAGCCUCGAUUUAAGGGUGAAAACCUCAGAAUACCUUUCAGUUUCUGUUUGUCCUGGUCAAGGUGAUGUGUUUUGGGUGGUUAGGUUCAUGAGAAAGGGUUAUGCCAACGAGAGGUCCCCACUAGGACGUGUGUGUGCGUGCGUGCGUGCGUGCAGCCCGAUGGAAUGUCCUCGUCAUGGUGCUGUCACUCAAGUGGUGUGAUGAUGUCAUCGUCUGCAGGUGACGAACAUUGAGAUUAUGUUUUUUGCCAACUGUUUAUUUGUAUACAAAGAGAAGCCAUAUAAACAGAAGAGGCACAAUAAAGUCCUUUUGUCAGAUUGUUUUCAUCCCUGGUCCAGCUCGCUGAUGUCACAUCACCCCGCUCUCGGGACCGACCAAUCACAGCAGAGAGUCAGCGCGCUGACGCUCCGCCUCAGUCUGUCUCCAGCAGGAAGUGAAUGGCGUCCGCCGGCAGU